AUGCCCGCUUGUUUUUUUUCGAGAGGAGGAAGUUGUUUAUACGCGUUUGGCUGUUAUAAUGGCGAAUUAUAUGAUGCUGAUUUAGAACAAUCCAAGAAAGAUAAUACUGAUGCUUUUGAUAAAUACAAAGAGGCAGUCCGACUAAAAAAAGAAGCAGAAACAAACCUAGAUAAAGCCAGAGUAGAUUUAACCACGGCUAAUAAUAAAAUAACAACUUUAGAGCAAGAUAAACAAAAUCUUAAUAGUCAAAUAACUAACUUAAAAGAAACUAUUGCGAGUAAUCAAGGUAAUAGCGAACAAGCAAGUAACCUAAAUCAACAGUUAACUAGUAAGGAUAAUGAAAUAAAAGUUAAAGAUGGUCAAAUAACUUCUUUAACUAAUGAACUAAGUCAAGAAAAACAAAAAACAACUAAUAAAGAUAAAACAAUAAAAGACCAAGAAGAUAUUAUUACCCAAAGAGAUAAUACUAUUAAAGCCCAAGAAGGAGAAAUAACUAAAAGGGAUACCCCCUAA